CAUGCCGGUGUGUUUAGAUGAAGUCUGUUACGCUAUGAACUCUGAUUAUUUUGUUGGAGGGAGUGCAAGCGGAGGCGCAGGAUUUACUUAUACACCGCUGCAUUUAUACUGUGUGGUCUCUGGAAGUGAAAACCAACAGCCUGUUAAUUCCACUCACACCUUAAUGACGAGAGACCGUAAUCGCUUACACUGCGUGUGCCCAGGGAGCGGCGAGAUGCAGGAUCCAAACGCAGACACAGAGUGGAAUGAUAUUCUGCGUAGAAAAGGUAUCCUUCCUCCAAAGGAAAAGCCACAGGAUGAAGAGGAGGAAGAAGCAGAAAUUCUCCAGCAACAAUCUGUUGUAAAAACAUAUGAAGACAUGACACUUGAGGAACUGGAAGACAAUGAGGAUGAAUUUAAUGAAGAAGAUGAGCGAGCAAUAGAGUUGUACAGACAACAAAGAAUGGCACAGUGGCAAGCAACCCAGAUAAAGAAUAAAUUUGGAGAGGUACUGGAGAUUUCAGGACAGGACUAUGUCCAGGAAAUUACAAAAGCUGGGAAAGAUCUGUGGGUCAUAUUACAUCUUUACAAACAGGGCAUACCACUCUGUUCUUUAAUCAACAAACACUUAACUGCACUGGCACGAAAGUUCAAAGAUGUGAAAUUUGUAAAAUCAAUAUCCACAACCUGCAUUCCUAACUAUCCUGACAAGAACCUUCCAACUAUUUUUGUAUAUGUUGAUGGAGAAAUACGGGCUCAGUUCAUAGGACCUCUUGUGUUUGGUGGAAUGAAUCUAACACAGGAUGAGUUGGAAUGGAAGCUUGCUGAAUCUGGAGCCGUCAAGACAGACCUUGAGGAAAACCCAAAAAAGCAAAUCCAGGACCAUCUCAUGACCUCAAUCCGUGUCUCCAUCCCUACAAAGAAAGACAGUGAUUCAGAGGAUGACUGAAGAGCAAUCUUUUUUUUUUUUUGGUCUUUUACAAGUUGCUUGUACAGUUAUGUUCUGUGCCUAUAACUCCCAAAUACUGUGUUAUUAUUCAAAGCUAAAACUAUGGCAGACUUCAGUCUUUAAAAGGACAUGGUUUUCUGCAACCACAAGUCUUACUAUUUACCACCACUUCACAGGUAGAUAUUUUGAACACUAGAUGGGCAGCAGUUCAUGGACAGAAAAUCUGCCUAAAAUGUUUUACUAAAAUGUGUUAAUUUAUAACAUUCACAGAUUUUAUAUAUUAGUUACAUAGAUGACUGAACAAAAUGUUUUAUAAAUUUAAUUUUUUCUGUGAUGCAAUUAUCUGGCUGCAUGCUUUGAAAUUACAUCUAAAUAGUGGGGUUUCAUUUGUUUUACUGCCUUGACAACUACUACAUUUGAAAUAUUUGAAGCUUUAUAAGUAGUUUAUAACUAAUUGAAACCAUUAAAGAAGAAGGAAAUGCACAAUCACUAGGGGGUGCCAAAUGUCAGGCCGAACCUUAGGCCUACAAAUGCGCGGUAGAGUAAAAAAGAUGGAUUUUUUGUAAACAUUUGGCUUUUAAGUCUACUGUGCAUGCCCACGCACACAAAGAAGAAAGAAGAUCACUUCAUAGUGCUUGCUAGAAAGUAUCCUGGGCCGGUACAGAUUUCUGCUAAAAGGAGCACUGGCCUGGGCUUUUAGGUAGGUUAUUAUAAUCACCGAGUGAGUCCUUCCUUCUCCUUUAAAGUACAGCAAAGUGCCAUUAUAUAAUGCUUUAUAAACAGGGCUCUUAAUAUCCUGCAGAUGUAAUGUCUAUUUUAAUGUUUUUGCCUAGUAAAAUUCUAGUAAUAAAUACUUCAGAAACAAGAAAUCCUAGACCGUAUCUAAGUCUCUUAGAAUAUAAAAAUACUUGCAGCUCAGUAGUUAAUAUCUACUGGCGUCCUCCACCCCAAGCUUUAAAUACGGAAAGGAGCAUAUGCUCUGUAGAUUUAGCUAGGCCCAUUUGGGGCCCUGGAAGAAUGGGCAAUAGGCAUUAAGGUUUUUCUUCUGCAUACAUUUCUUAGAGAGGUAACACUUGGAGCUAAAGGAAAAAGCGAUCAGUAGUUUCAGUAUUUGGAGACUUGCAUUUGUGUAGAUUAUCAUUUUUAAGUUGAUGUGGGUAUUAAUGACCUUGGUGGUCAUUAAUACAUGCUCUUUAAGAUUAUUAUAUAAAGUUUUUUGAUGGGAUUUUUAUUUGGUGCUUUUUUUUUUUUUUAAGCAGUUUUGAUUAAAUACACUUCUGAAUCUCAAAAACAGACUACAAGAAGUUAUUUUGUCUAAAAAUAAAUCUGUUUGCAGGCUAAAGGACUCAUGAUGCAAGGAGCAAAAUGCCCACCAUCUCCCACCCACCUGCCAGUGGCACCUGUCACCAUAUCAGUAGAACUCCCCACUAUCCCCCACAAAAAGUUAUCAAUGAUCUUCUCAUUGAAAAAGUUGCUUGCUUAGUUGACCCUUACUAAAGUGCCCAGAAGACUUUUACAGCUUAUUUCCUGCCUUUCAAUUGGGGUUCGACCAGUUCUUUGUAAAGUGUUUAUGUAUUCUGAAUUAUAUAAAACUUGUACAUCUUGCCUACUGUAUGUUUGUUUAUAUUUGUGUAAGAAAAAAAAUCUGUCUACUAUUAAGAAAAAUAAAUAGACUGUUAAUGGAAAGUCUAGGGAUGUAGAGAUACGGAAAAAAAAAUGUAAGCCCCCUCUAUAUUGGAUCAUGUCUGUGUGUGUGUGCCUGUAUAUCUCUUAGAAUGUACCUAUGCAAUGCUUAAAGUUAAUUGCAGGUUGCUUAGCUAGUUUAAGAUGACACAAGCAGAAAACAGAGUCACUGGUAGUUGUAUUUUAAAAGAAGUUAUAAUUUUAUUUAUUUAGUCUGGGAAGUCAGACCUUGAAUCUGCAUAGGAUUCCCAAACAUGAUAGUGUAGGGAAGUGGGGAUUCCAAAAGCAUGACCACCACCUGGUUGUUAAAAGGUUUUUAUCUUUUAAAACUAAAAAUACAGUUGCCAUAUUGUCCCAAAUUAAAAUUUAAAAUACAAAUUAAAAAUACAGGAACAAAAGCUUAAAGAUUUUUUGUGUCUGAAAUAAUUGUUUGAGAGCUGAAUCAGGUAAAUUCAAAGCUCUUAAAGUGAACAUUUUCAAUAAAUAUCCUAUUUUUUGUC